UCUUGAACUCAGCGACUCCGAAGAAGCUGUCCUCUCUCUCUUCUUCUUCUCGGUUUGGUUGGAGCAAACCGGCGGAGUCAAUCUCUGAUAAGAGAGACAGAGACCCCUCUCUCUCUCUCUCUCUCUCUCUCUCUCUUCAGACGAAACGACAUCGCUUUCACCCAUCGUUUUCUUCUUCACUAUUCCCCCCCAGCUUUUCUGUGCUGCCCUUUUUCUUUGGUUUUAAAGAUAUUGGGCUGGCUCGGUGUUGUUGGGCGCUUUCUCCUCUGUUUCUCUCUGGUGAAAAGACACAUUCUUUGCGCUCAUAGUUGCUUAAUUUUUUUAUGUAAAUAAAGAAGUAAUCAAGCCCCAUGGAUAAUGAGUGGUAUCAUGAUGAAGUGCACAGACGUGCAUGUCUGCGGUACAUCUAAAUGUUUGUACUCGGGAAGAUACGGAGAAAUUAUCGACAUUAUUAAUUGAGGCAGCAGCUCAGGUGAAUGAUCCAAAGUUAGGACCUCCAAAUCCAACAAAUCAGUGCUCUAAUUGUGGUGCCGAAGAUAUUAAAUCCUGUGAUGGUCAUUUUGGGUCCAUCAAGUUUCCAUGCACGAUUCUACAUCCAUACUAUUUACCAGAAGUUGCUCUUAUUUUGAACAAGAUUUGCCCAGCAUGUAAAGCCAUCAGGCAACGUGUAAGGGUCAAGGGCUCGGAGCGGAAGGGCUGUAGAUAUUGCUUUGGAGGUCCGGACUACCCACGUAUGAAGUUCAAAGUUUCUUCUAGAGAGCUUUUCAGACGAAGUACAAUAAUAGUAGAAGUGGCUGGAGAAUUGCCUUCUGAUUAUUGGGACUUCAUUCCCAAAGAUCCCCAUCAUGAUGAAACCCACUCAAACCCCAAUAGAAGAGUUAUAUCUCAUGCUCAGGUUCAUUUUUUGUUGAGUGAUGUUGAUCCAGAUUUCAUCACAAAGUUUGUACCAACAACCAGCUCACCUUCUUUGGACUGUUUCCUUGUUACUGCUAAUUCUCAUCGUGUGACAGAUGUUAUGUAUUCAUUGUAUAACGGGCAAUCAUUAAUGUUUGAUGACCGGACUAGAGCUUAUAAGAAACUAGUGGAUUUCAGAGGCACUGCAGAUGAGUUGGGUUCUCGUGUUUUGGACUGCCUGAAAAUUUCCAAGAUAAACAAGGACACAACAGGCAGAGAUUCGAUUUCAGUUGAGCAACAAAAAAUUAAAGAUUCUCCUUCCAGAACAUCUGGCUUGAGGUGGAUGAAAGAUGUUCUUCUUGGAAAGAGAAGUGAUCACUGUUUCCGAACGGUUGUUGUUGGUGAUCCAAACAUUGAGCUGAGUGACAUUGGCAUACCCUGUCAUAUAGCAGAGAAUCUGCAGAUCUCUGAAAAUCUGAACCAAUUUAACUUUGAGAAGUUGUUUGUGUUUUGCAAGCUACGUCUUGGCAGUAAGGGGCGACGAGAGCUGCAUGUUCGUAGAAAUGAUAGUCUGGUUAGGAUAAGUAAACCAGAAGAACUGGAGAUGGGAGAUACUAUAUACAGGGCAUUGAGCAAUGGAGAUGUUGUGUUGAUAAAUAGGCCUCCCUCAAUACAUCAACAUUCCCUGAUAGCUUUAAGGGUGAAGGUCCUUCCAGUAAAUUCUGUAGUGUCGAUAAACCCACUGUGUUGCUCUCCUUUUCGAGGUGAUUUUGAUGGUGAUUGCCUUCAUGGUUAUGUUCCUCAAGCGAUGGAUGCCAGAGUUGAGCUCACAGAGCUUGUUGCUUUAGAUAAGCAAUUAGUUAAUGGGCAGAGUGGGACCAACCUUCUAUCUCUCAGUCAAGAUAGUUUAACUGCUUGCUAUCUCAUCAUGGAAGAUGGAACUCUGAUGAAUAAAUUCCAAAUGCAGCAGCUGAGAAUGCUGUGCCCCCAUGAACUGCCUUCACCAGCAGUAAUAAAAAAUCCUUCUGGUAAUUCUGUUUCUUGGACGGCAAAGCAGAUAAUCAGCAUGUUUCUACCUGCAGAUUUCAAUUAUGCUUUUGAAUCAAAUGGGGUGCAUAUUAGCGCUGGAGAACUUAUGGCUUCUUCCGAAGGUUCUUCUUGGCUGCGUGAUACCAGCGGUAAUCUUUUCCAAAGUCUUGUCGAACAUUGCCAGAGUCAGGUACUUGACAUCUUCUUUUCUGCUCAGAGAGUUCUAUGCGAGUGGUUGUCAAUGAGGGGCUUGAGUGUCUCUCUCUCAGACUUGUAUCUUGCAUCGGAUACAUGUUCAAGGAAAAAUUUGAUGGAGGAAAUCUUCUAUGGUUUACAAGAAGCAGAAGAAGCAUGUACCAUCAGACUGUUGAUGCUUGAUUCUUGUCAGGAAUUUCUUAUGGACUAUGCUGAAGAGAACAAAAGUCAAAGCCCUUUGACUGUUGGUUCAGAACAUUGUUGUCAUCAGAAGCAGAAAUCUAUCUCACUUAGUCAGGUCACUGUAGAUGCUUUCAAGGAAGGUUUCCGGGAUGUUCAAAAUUUAGCAUACAAAUUUGCCCGUGCGGACAACUCUUUACUCGCUAUGUUUAAGGCUGGAAGCAAGGGUAAUAUGCUGAAGUUAGUUCAGCAUGGUAUGUGCCUUGGUUUGCAGCAUUCACUGGUUCCCUUAUCAUUUAAGUUUCCGAAGCUCUCAUGUGAUUCAUGGAAUGAUCAAAAAGCACGGGGUAAUGUUCAGGAGGUUGGACGAACUUCCGAAUUCAUCGAGUCAUAUAUCCCAUCCGCUGUAGUUAAAAGUUCGUUUUUGACGGGUCUAAAUCCCGUCGAAUGCUUUGUUCAUUCAGUCACGAGUCGAGAUGGUUCUUUUAGUAAUAAUGCUGACCGAAAGCUCAUGUAUUUCAUGCGCGAUUUACAUACUGCUUAUGACGGAACAGUUAGAAAUGCAUAUGGGGAUCAGAUUAUUCAGUUCUCUUAUGACAGUGAUGAGGACAUAUCUACUACAGAUAGCACCAGGAACAGCUCAUAUACAAAGAAUAUUAUUGAGUGUGGUGGCGGCGAACCUGUUGGCGCAUUGUCUGCUUGCGCAAUAUCUGAAGCUGCAUAUAGUGCGUUAGAUCAGCCUAUUAGUUUACUCGAAACUUCGCCUCUGCUAAACCUGAAGAACAUCUUAGAAUGUGGUUCAAAGAAAAGCAGUGCUAAGCAAACAAUGUCAUUAUAUUUCUCUGAGAAGCUUGGAAGACAUAGACACGGUUUUGAGUAUGGAGCUAUAGAAGUUAAGAAUCAUCUGGAGGGACUCAAAUUUUCGGACAUUGUUUCUACUGUCAUGAUAAUGUUCUCCACACAAACUGGUAGCAAGAUGCGUUUCAGUGCUUGGGUUUCUCACUUUCAUAUAUCCAAGGAAAUUGUACGAAGAAGAAGGCUGAAUGUGCGAUCUAUUAUAGAUGCACUUUAUGCAAGAUGCAACUUGGCUGGAAAAGAGUUGAAACUUAUUCUUUGGAAUUUGAAGAUCACAAGAAACAAGGAAUGUGAUUGCUGCGGGACAUCUAAUGAUACACUUUGCAUCAGUGUGUUACUAAGUGAAAAGUACAACGAUUCUUCUGAAGUACUGGAUAGAACUCAAGUUCAUGUGAUACCAUUCUUGCUUAAUUCAGUAGUUAAGGGUUUCCUGGAGAUAAAAAAGGUGGAUAUUUUAUGGAAUGAUCGACCUGGUUCAUCUGGUGAACUGUACUUGAGAGUUUCUAUGUCAGGAAAAGCUGUAAGGGGUAGAACCUUUUGGAAUAUGCUUAUGGGCGAUUGUCUUCCGGUCAUGGAUAUGAUUGAUUGGUCACGAAGUCAUCCAGAUAAUGUCCAUGACAUUUGCACUGCCUAUGGAAUGUUGGGCGGAAUCAUUUCCUUAAUGUCAAAGUUGGAGUCGGCGACUAUAGAUGUCGGAAAGACAAUUCUUCCUCAACAUUUGGUUCUUGUAGCAGAUUGUUUGUCAGCGACAGGCGAGUUUGUCAGCUUAAAUGCAAAAGGAAUCGGUCAACAAUUGGAACAUGCAUCUGUCAGAGCCCCUUUUAUGCAAGCUUGCUUUUCUACUCCUGGUCCUUGCUUGGUUAAAGCUGCUAAGGCUGGGGUUGUGGAUAAUCUCCGGGGGAGCUUGGACGCAUUGAUAUGGGGAAAUACUCCAUCCUUGGGAAGUGGUGGACAAUUUGAUAUUAUGUAUUCUAAGGGAUCUGCUUUGUCGAAGCCAUUUGAAGUUUAUAAUUUGCUGAGCAGCCAAAUCAUUUCCAACCCCCAUAAUGGAUUUGACAUGUCUGAUGCUCCAAUUCAUUUAUCUGACAAAUAUGUUGCUCCAAGUGUGUACAAGAAUGAUUUUUUGGCGCAAGUUGGAGAGUGAAUUGAUAACAGAACUGAGAAAACUUUAUACGAUCCAGGAUAUCGAGAGACUUGAAGAAUAUAUUGCACAAGUAUGACAUCAAUGAAUGCAUAAAUGAGAUGAAGAAGCAAGUGCUGAUGAAGGGUUUGGACUUUCACCCUC